AUGUCAGACGCACACGCCCACCUAAUGAUAUACGGCGCGAAAAUGGAGCUCAACUUCGAAGAUGCGACGUCUACAGAUGAUCGAAGGCUUUGGCUGGGACCAGAUGUGCUGGAAGGGCUGGCGGGCGGACUUCUAGGCAAGACCGACCUCGCCUCCCGCCCGCUCCUCGCCCACCGCACACUCGCACUCCUCUGCGUCGACGGGCACGCACUCUGGGUCUAUCCGCGCGCACUCGAUAUCACCGAACACAGCGGGAAGCUUCUUGGUGGACGGUGGACCCGCGCGGGCGAGGUGCAGGGCGAAGAGGAUGGCGAGGUGAGUGGCGUGUUUCUGGACGCGGCGAUGGCGCUUGUGCCGGUGCCCCCACCGACGGAGGCGAUGCUUGAGGAGCGUGCGAUGAGGGGUGUUCUGCGGGACGGCAGAGGAGGGCCAAAUGCCGAGAGUGGGCAGAUCAGCGUGCACGCGAUGGCACACGAGGAGCACGAUGGGUAUUGGGACGGAGAGUUUGAGCAGGUCGAGGGUUAUGGGGACCCAUUGGGUUCAGACUUGCAUCUACCUUUUACAGGCUGGUCAGAACAGCCGAUGAUGAAUCCGGGUGCUUGCUUGCUUGCGGCACUUCUUGCUGUGGGCGAUGUAUACGGCGCACUCGCGCCCCCACGUACGAAGGCCGAUAUUGCUGCAGGAGGACGUGUAACAGGGGAAGCACGAUCAUGGCAAUCUAAGACUCCUGAUCCUGUAGACACCCUCGAGGAUCUUCAGGCAUGUAGGCUCGCACCCCGCUAA